AUGGUUAAAAAGACGCAUCACAAGUUAACCACCAAGGAAAAAAAAGACUUGCGUGAUAAGCAGAAGGAAAAGGUGGAGAAUCUACGGGCCAAAGUGGAGGAGCUUGAUAUAGACGAGACGAAGAAGUUCACUCAAUUCGAUGAACUGCCUCUUUCCCAUAAUACCGCCAAGGGGCUCAAAGAGUCGAGUUUCGUGAACAUGACUGACAUACAAAGAGAUACUAUUCCACUGGCGUUGAAGGGAGAGGAUAUUCUUGGAGCUGCUAAGACUGGCUCUGGUAAGACUCUGGCAUUCUUGAUUCCAGUGAUUGAAAGACUGUUACACCAAUCGUGGAACGAAUAUGAUGGUGUCGGAGCGCUAAUUAUAUCUCCAACCAGAGAACUGGCCAUUCAAACAUAUGAGGUAUUGCUGAAAAUCGGAAAGUACAACACCUUCUCGUGUGGACUGGUGAUUGGUGGUAAGGACUACGCCUACGAAGAGGAAAGAAUAGGCAAAAUCAACAUUCUGAUCGGAACUCCGGGCAGAUUACUCCAGCAUAUGGAUCAGUCUGCUUCCUUGGUGUUGGAUAAUUUACAAAUGUUGAUUUUGGAUGAGGCUGACAGAAUUUUGGAUAUGGGAUUCAAGAAAACCAUAGACAGUAUUGUCGGCAAUCUCCCUCCACAGAGACAAACUCUGCUCUUUUCAGCCACUCAGACCAAGUCUGUUCAGGACCUGGCAAGACUGUCGUUGACCAGUCCAAAGUAUAUUUCGACAUCGAGCGAAAUGGAGGUGGCUACUCCUGCAUCUCUGGAGCAAUCCUACCUGGUUGUUCCAAUUCCAGAGAAGAUCAGUGUGCUUUGGAGUUUCAUCAAGACCCAUCUGAAAUCCAAAAUUAUUGUCUUUGCAUCCUCCUCCAAGCAGGUUCACUUUAUAUACGAAACCUUUAGGAAGUUGCAGCCGGGUAUAUCACUGAUGAAACUUCAUGGUCGCCAGAAGCAGACAUCGAGAAUUGAGACCACGGUGAAGUUUUCCAAAGCCCAAUAUUGUUGUCUGUUUGCUACCGAUGUUGUUGCGCGUGGUUUGGACUUCCCAGCCAUUGACUGGGUUGUUCAAUUGGAUUGUCCAGAGGAUAGUGCCACAUACAUCCAUCGUGUUGGAAGAUGUGCUAGGUUUGGAAGGCCAGGGAAAUCGCUGCUAAUGCUGGCUCCUAGCGAGGAGGAAGCUUUCAUUUCGAGACUCAAGGCGAAGAAAAUUGAAUUGAAUAAGCAAUCCGUGCGGGUUUCGAAGAAAAAAACCAUCCAGGAUAAAUUGCAGUCACUGUGUUUCCAGAGUCCCGAGCUGAAGUAUCUUGGGCAGAAGGCUUUCAUUUCGUACUUCAAGUCCAUUUUGAUUCAGAAAGACAAGGAUGUGUUCAAAGUUGGUGAAUUUCCCAGCGAAGAGUAUGCCACCUCUCUGGGACUUCCGGGUGCUCCCAAGAUUAAGCUGUUGGAGAAGAUCAAGGAUGGAAGUGCCAACCUUGAGUCAGCCUUGGAUAAGACAAAGGAGCACAAGAACAAGUCUAGACAGCUGAGUCAUCUUUCUCAACUUGACGAGAAUGGAGACGAGUUGGAGGAAGAGAAAAAGGCCCAGACCAAGUACGACAGAAUGUUCAACAGAAAGAACCAGAGUGUUCUCUCGGAGAAUUACCUCAGCAUGAACGUUGAAAAUAAGUUAGAUGGAGACAACGAAGAGGAAGAGGAGGAAGAGGACUUCAUGGUGGUUAAACGCAAAGACCACGAACUUCGCGAGGAUGUCCCACAAUUGGAUACAGAGUUAACGUCUAAGAGAGCCCAGAAGAAAGCCAUGUCCAAAAAACUGAGUGCCAAAUCCCAGGGUGCUGGUCACAAGCUUGUGUUUGAUGACGAUGGAAACGCUCAUGAGAUUUAUGAACUGGAACACGAAGAAGAUUUCCGCAAGGAAGGUGAUGCCCUGGAGCUGAAAAAGACUUAUAUCGAUAAGGAAGCCGAAGUGAUGACAGUGGAGGACUCCAGAGACAAGCAGACGGUGAAGGAGAAAAAACAGGAGAAGAAGAGAAGAAGACAGGAGAUUGAAAGAAGAUUGAGGGAAGAAGAAGAGGACGACGCUUCUUCCGAUGAAGGUGCUUUCCAGGUUGUUCUGGGAGCUCCAGACCUUGAUAACGAUCUGGAGCAGUCUGCCUCUGAGUCCUCAGAUGAUGACAGACCCGCCAAGAAGAGCAAGAAAUGGUUCGAGAAGGAGGCUGCGGAGUCAACCAAUGGAAUCGUUGAGAUUGAAGAUACCGGAAAAUUGGAAGACUUGGAGGCUUUGACCCAGAGGCUGAUCCAUGGUUAA